AUGAAUGCAGAGGCAGGGGAUGAACCGCCGCAGAGCGAGUACGGGCUGAUCGAGACGAGCACCGCCGAUGCGCCGGUCGAAUCCGGGCACCGGUCGGGCGACAAGAUUUCGUACUACGACCUCGUCGAACAAAUGCACUACCUUUACGUCAACGUCGUGAAGGCCCGGGAUCUUCCCGCCAUGGACAUCACCGGCAGCCUCGACCCCUACGCCGAGGUCAAGCUCGGCAACUACAAGGGCACGACCCGGCAUCUCGAGAAAAACCAGAACCCUGUUUGGCGCCAAAUCUUCGCCUUCUCCCGAGAAAAGCUUCAGGCCAAUUUCGUGGAGGUCACCGUCAAAGACAAGGAUUUGGUUAAAGAUGAUUUCGUCGGGAAAGUUGUGAUGAACAUUUCGGACUUGCCUCUUCGGGUCCCGCCCGAUGGCCCGCUAGCUCCGCAGUGGUACAAGCUCGAAGACAGGAAAGGGGAUAAGCUAACCCACGGCGAGAUCAUGCUCGCUGUUUGGAUCGGGACUCAGGCCGACGAGGCGUUCCCUGAGGCUUGGCAUUCCGACGCUCACUCGAUUGGAUUGCAGGGACUGAACCAGACUCGAUCCAAGGUCUACUUCUCCCCGAAGCUCUGUUACUUGCGUGUCACCGUCAUCGAAGCUCAGGACCUCGUUCCGUCGGAGAGGAAUCGGAUCCCCGAACCGGUUGUUAAGAUCCAGUUAGGGAACCAGAUCCAGGCGACCGGAGUUUCUAGAUCCGUUAACCCGGUUUGGAACCAUGACUUUUUGUUUGUCGCGGCUGAGCCUUACGAUGAGCCGUUGAUAAUAUCGGUCGAGGAUCGGGUUGGGCCGAAUAAGGCCGAAUUACUGGGCAGGCUGCUUUUUCCGGUGAUGGCCGCUUUUAAGAGGACUGACAUUAACAAGGCUGUCGAAGGCCGGUGGCUGAAUUUGGUUGAGCCGAGAUUGGCCGAAGAAGGGGACUUCAAGAAGAAAGAGUCCAGGUUUUCAAGCAAAAUUCACUUGAGAAUCUCUCUUGAAACGGGGUACCAUGUCCUCGACGAAUCGACGCAUUAUAGCUCCGACCUUCAACCGUCCAACAAGCUACUAAGAAAGCCUAGUAUCGGAUUCCUUGAGCUCGGAAUUCUCAGCGCCCGCAAUCUCAUGCCGAUGAAGGCGAAGGAAGGGCGAACAACCGACGCAUACUGUGUCGCAAAGUACGGGUCCAAAUGGGUUCGGACACGUACGUUGCUCGACACCUUGAACCCGAGAUGGAACGAGCAAUACACUUGGCAGGUGUUUGAUCCUUGUACUGUGAUCACAAUCGGAGUCUUCGACAACUGCCAUGUCAUGGGAAAUAACGGUAAUGCUCGGGAUCAGAGGAUCGGAAAAGUCCGAAUUCGACUAUCUACACUCGAAACCGAUCGAGUCUACACACAUCUCCACCCGCUGCUCGUCCUCCAACCCUCCGGUCUUAAAAAGACCGGCGAGCUUCACCUAGCGGUCCGAUUCACCUGCACAGCUUUUGUCAACAUGGUGACCCUCUACACCAAACCGUUACUCCCCAAAAUGCACUACGUUCAACCAAUCUCAGUCAUUCAACUCGACAGACUCCGUCACCAAGCGAUGCAAAUUAAUCUACCUGAAGAGAAAAAAGAUUUUGACAGCUAG